AUGGCCAAGAAAGACUUCACAGACGACCUACGUCCUCAUCCAGACGCGGACGGAGCGAAGAAAUUGGCAUCUGAACGCUCAAGAUCAAGCAUCGACACCGAUGAGCUUGCAAAUCAUGUCUUUGGCUCUGCCUACCUUGAACGACAGCAAAGGGUAUUGACCGCGCUGGAACCGGAGAAGAUCUUCUCAAAAGCCAAUCAAGCCAACCUGUCUCGUCCAGAUCGCUACAAGCUUGGUCUGGCGAGAGGCAAGCGAAUGCGACAGUUGAUGGACAAGCACGGCUGGGACGAAGCCGAUAUCCUGAUGGCUGAGUAUUUGAUUGACGAUCUUCAACCUUACCACUUGCACCUUUCACUCUUCAACUCGGCGAUGCGGGAGCAAUGUAGUGACGAUCAGCGAGCGUACUGGACUCCGAAGAUUGAGUCGUGGGAGAUCAUUGGCGCAUAUGCGCAGACAGAACUCGGCCAUGGGAGUAAUGUUCGUGGACUCGAGUGUCAGGCGACGUGGGACCAGAAGACUAAGGAGUUCGUUAUCCACAGCCCGACAUUGACUGCGAGUAAAUGGUGGAACGGCACGCUGGGACGAACAGCCACGCAUGCGGUUGUGGUAGCGCAGCUGAUGCUUCCUCAUGGGCCGAGUGGAAAGCUGGUCUCGUACGGUCCGCGGCCUUUUAUCGUGCAGGUGCGAGAUAAGAAGACGCAUCAGCCGCCUGAGAGUAUUGCUGUUGGUGACAUUGGGCCAAAGUAUGGCUAUGCCCCCAUGGAUAAUGCUUAUUGUCUGUUCGACCAUCACCGAGUCCCUCACAGCGCUCUCUUGUCCAGGUAUGCCAGCGUCGAUCCUGACACCGGGGCCUACACCAAGCCGACGAACCCAGCAUCAGUUUAUGGGAGCUUGACAAGGGGCCGAUCUGUAAUAGUAAUGAAUGCUCGUUUGGUGCUAGCCAGAGCCGUCACCGUCGCAAUCCGCUACUUGGCGAUCCGAAGACAGUUCCGUGACCGAGACGACGCAAACCCGGAAGGUCCUGAAUGCGCCGUGCUAGAUUACUCCACGGUCCAGAUUCGAGUCCUCCCAUUGCUGGCAGCCACGUUCGCCCUUCACUACAGCGGUGAAGCAAUGAGGGAGUUGUAUGAGCGAACUAGAUCGACCAAUGCAUUAGAUGGGGAUCAAGCUCAGCUUGCGGAGCUGCAUAGCACGUCAGCGGGCCUCAAGAGUCUUGCGACCGACCUUGCUGCCAAUGGCAUCGAGACAUGCCGGAGAGCGAUGGGCGGGCACGGCUUCGGUGGCGGGACAGGCCUGAUCCAACCGAAUGCCGAUUACCUUUCCAAGCCCACCGUGGAAGGCGAUAACUGGAUGAUCACGCAGCAAGCUGCAAGAUACCUGCUCAACCGCGUUGAGGACGUGAAGAAGUCGCCAGCUGGUGAGAGCAGGAGCCGCACCGAUGACAACUUGCGUGACUACCACGCCCGAGCCUCCACUCCACCAAAAUCCAGACAGCUUUCGGAUGAGACCAUAGCCGCCGCCUUCGAAUGGCGAGUCUCGUUCUUCGCUUUCGAAGCCCACCGCGCCAGGUACAUCCAGAAGAAGUCCUGGAACUCAAUGCUCAUCGACCUCUACAAGCUUUCGCGAGCCUACGCUCAAUCGAUGCUGGUCGGCAACUUUUACCUGGCAAUGCGGCGAAGUACUCUCUCCUGCUCAACAACGACUGAAGUCCUCGGUGACCUGUACCGGCUCUUUGCGCUCAACACCAUGGAUGCGGAAGCCCGCGAAUUCCAGAAGUCGGGGGCAGUGGCCGCGGAAGUCCUUGAUACACUGCCGGAGCAGGUUCUCCAUUUGAUGCAGAAGGUUCGUCCCCAUGUUGUGAAAUUAGUCGACUCCUUCGCUUUGCCGGACUUCAUGUUGGACUCUGCUCUUGGUCGUUACGAUGGCAGGGUUUAUGAAGACCUGUUCAAUCGCGCGCAUCGCUUGAAUCCGUUGAAUCGCCUUACCUUUAACCCGGACUACCGAUCGGAUGAGAUAGUGAUGGGAGCCAAAGAUGGUGCUGAUAUGCUGGCGAAGUUGUAA